AUGUCCUCCAGGAGGACUAUCUUCGAUGCAGCGAGCUGGCCGAGAUAUCACGGGAAAGGUGUAUAUCUGGGACAAACUGCCUGCCCGUCGACAAACGCGGCUCAACGUUGUCCGUCCUCGUUCGUCGUACCCGCAUACCGAACACGGGAUAUCCACGGUCAUUAUCUCGUGUCCGGUGUUGUUCUCGAAGAGGGGAUGAAUCAAAUGAUACGAAUGCCCCGACAAGACGAUCCUUGCGAUCCGGUUGUUGACUUACCUACCCCAUGUCUGGCUCGUCUUAUCUUAUCAUCCCUGAGGGGGAAUCGCAUCCUGAGGUGGCCUCGCCUGUUCACGAGACCAGCCAACCUCGCAUCAUCGAGUAAUAACCGCCUACUUCGCAGAGUUGUCGAGGGUCCGAGACCGCCUUGCAUUUCGAGCCAGCAGGCCCGCACCCAACCAUUUGAGGCCCGCCCGCUGAUGGAUCGCUGGAGCAAUCGCUGGAUCUUGAAUCCUGCGGUUCGGAUGGCAAUGGAGAGCACAUGUGCGUUGGCAAAAGUCAACUCAAAAUCUCUGGCUUAA